AUGUCACUAAAAGAGAAUGAAUUGCUUCUUGAGAAAAUUCGUUCUUCAGACUUCACUGCGCUAGAUUGCAUUGAUAAUCUAAGAGGAUACCGAGAGAGCAUCGGUAUUCAGCAUACACUUGUCCAGAAGUUGCGCAGUUAUAGCUACGAUGAAUUAGAAUUCUACAUACCGCAGUUUGUCCAGCUUCUAGUUGCAUUUGAAACUGAUUCGAUGGCCCUUGAAGAGUUUCUUCUUGAAUAUUGCUCCAAAUACCCACACUACAGUAUGGUUGUAUUUUGGAAUUUGCAAUCUUGUGUCUUUGAGUUACGGAAUGAUCCGGAGUCAUAUUCUUUUCAGGUCGUACGGAAUUUCAUAAACAAAUUGCAGAACAUAUUGUUCAAUAAUGAAGAAUUGAUGAAGAAACCCGAAUUCAGGGAGAACUUUCAACCAGCUAUCAUAUUAUGUGGAGUAAUUGCUUCAGCCAUUGGAGCGCCUCGAUUCAACGAUUAUGCGUCUUCUUUAGUGAGGUCUCAAGCGAAACAACAAAAGUCAUUCGUGUUCAAGCUAGCAAAUUUUCAGAAAACUCUAACUAAAAACUUGACCAUGAAAAACAAACGACUUUCAUCAGAAACUGCUACGGAAACUAUGUCAGACGACGAAGCUCGGAAAGUCGGAGGUAAACUUUCUCAUGGGCACCAACGUUCAGCUUCAGUGCCUAGAAUGCAGCCCAAGAAGAACAGCUUGACUAUACUGUCCGAUGAGUCCGAGUACUAUACCAGUGACGAAGAGCUGGAGUUUAGAUCAAGCACGCAUAUCGAAAAUGAAAUGUCUAAACUUGGUAUGAGGAGUGAAAACCGACACAGAAGUUACAUUGAAGUAGAAGAGAACUUGAAGAUAAACACGGUUAUCACACCAAAGAGAAAAAACAGAGCAAGACAGUUGACCUUGGAUUCUCUUAGUACCAAGUAUGAAGGCACAGAUGCAUACGUGUCGCAUUCAUUGCCCGACCUUUCCCGAGUUCAUGAAGCAGAUUCUCAACCAUAUCUUUCUCCUGCAGAAUCAGAGUCUUCGUUGAACUUCCCUCAUCUGUCUAUAGAACAAGGUCUUAAGAGGAACCUUUCACUUCAUAGCACGGUUCAAACCCCGUCAUACAACCAAUUGCUCAAGGUGUUGCAAAUCAAUUACGCCAAAAAGGAGACAGAAUUUAUUAUGGCCCUACAAAACAUUUCAUUGAGGUUGUCACUGGUUCCCAAAGAAGCUAGAUUGUCCGCAUUGAGGGCAGAGCUCUCAAUUAUCAAUGAGACCUUGCUACCAUCGGAGAUCGAUAUCCCACAACUUUUGCCCAUUACCAGUAGCAAGAACAAAAGAUAUCAUAAGAUAUUGAAAUUGAGUAUCAACGAAGCCUGUGUAUUGAAUUCAGCAGAAAGAGUGCCAUUCUUGCUUCUUGUUGAAUAUUUGAGUGACGAGUUCGAUUUCAAUCCUUUUACGGAUGCAAAUCAAAAGAUUAUUGCCAAUAGGAACAACCACGAGGAAACUUCAAAGUCUAGCCACGACUUGUUGAAUGAAAUGAUUGAAGGUUCUCAAUCAGGAUUAAAGUCGCCUGUUAGUGUUCGAGCGAGUACCGAAAAUACUGAGGACAGUCUCGUUUACGUUGAAGAAGAGGAGACUGACUUGGGGGAAUUGCCAAUGUUGACAGUAAAAAGUGAUAGAAGUUUUGUUAUUCAAUCGGACAUUGAGAGGUCACCUAAGACUGAGCAGGACAAGAAAUUAUCGUCUUUUCCAUCAAAUACUAAUGCAGAUACUACUAAGCUUUUGGCUGAUCAGAUGAGAAUCGCGUCAGUGAUGCUUCAGCAGUUAGAAAGUUCAGGGCAGGCGUCCUCCGAACAAUCGAGUGCCAUCAAAAGUCGAAUUGUUGAAUCUAUGAUAUCAUUACAGGAUCAAUUUGACACUAUAAAUUACGAGCGUUUGAAUCUAUUAAAGGGAGAUUUGCCAGAUGCCGGAGAAAGGAAGCUUGAAAAUGAUUUCAAGCUUGGAGAAGACUGGAAUACGAAGAAGGAAAGAAUUAGAAAGUCAAGUGUUUAUGGUCAUCUUGAUAACUGGGAAUUGUGCUCAGUCAUUGCGAAGAAUGGAGACGAUUUGCCCCAGGAGGCGUUUGCUUGUCAAUUGAUUUCAUUGAUUACUUCUAUUUGGAAGAGACAAGGCGUCAAGGAUGCCUGGACCAAGAGAAUGAAAAUUCUCAUUACAAGUGCAAACACCGGAUUAGUAGAGACAAUCAAUAAUGCCAUGUCCAUACACUCUAUUAAGAAAUCCAUGACCGAAAUUUCCAUUAACGAUGGCGAGAACACGAAAGGAAGAAUCUUCACGUUACAGGACUACUUUGAAAAUAUGUUUGGAUCACCAACCUCCCAAAAGUACAAGAGAGCACAAAACAACUUUGCCAGAAGUCUAGCAUCAUAUUCCAUCAUAUGUUAUGUAUUGCAAAUUAAAGACAGACAUAACGGAAACAUCAUGUUGGAUAACGAUGGACACAUCAUCCAUAUUGAUUUUGGUUUUCUACUUUCCAAUUCUCCGGGAAGUGUCGGUUUUGAGGCAGCUCCUUUUAAAUUAACAAGUGAAUAUGUAAAUUUACUAGGUGGAAAUGAGUCAGCACCUUAUCUACUGUUUGUUGAUAUGUGCAAGAAGUGUUUCAAUGCCUUAAGAAAGGAGCAUCGCCAGAUUGUGAAUUUGGUCGAAUUGAUGCAAAAGGAUUCUACACUCCCUUGUUUCAAGAAUGGAGAGAACACCAGUGUUUUGUUAGAACAGAGAUUACAGCUCCAAUUGUCAGAAGAAGAAUCGGAAGCGUUCGUCGAAAACACUCUUAUUGGGAGAAGUUAUGGAAGCAUGUACACCAGACUAUAUGAUCAAUUCCAGAUGAUAACUCAAGGGAUCUACAGUUAA